CUACCUUAUUACUCAGGUCGCGAGAAAACUUCUCACUCUACAACUAUAUUUCUCUCUCUAGAAUUCUCUCUCCCUCUCUCUAGAACUCUCAAGCUCUUCUAUUGGAAAUGGCGGGUGGAGGAGGAGCAACGAACCCACCGAGACCGAGGAAGAGAGUGGAGGUGGAAACCUCUUCCACUUCCCUCAAACGAGCUAGAGAUGGCAGCGCUUUCGCACGAUGUGAUGAAUGCAACAAAGAUGUGCCUGUGGUUUUGAUUGGGAUGCACAAUUGUAGUCUUGAUGCUAAGAUCAAAAUGAAUUUAGAGUCACAGGUUGUGGAAAAGGUCACUGAGGUUAAGAAAAAGCCAGCUGAAAAAAGCAAAGCUAUAUCAACAGGAUCAAAGCCAACUACAGAAAAGAAGGGGAAAAAGGCUAAAGAUCCAAACAAGCCAAAACGCCCUCCAACUGCAUUCUUCGUCUUCAUGGAGGAGUUUAGGAAGACAUUCAAGGAAGCUAAUCCAGACUGCAAGAAGGUUUCCACGGUUGCAAAGGAAGGUGGUGAGAAAUGGAAGUCACUGACAGUUGAAGAGAAGAAAGUUUAUCAGGAUAGAGCUGCAGAGCUCAAGGCAGAGUAUGAAAAGGUCUUGGAGUCUCAUAAUGAUGCUGGGAAUGAAGAUGAGGAAGGAGCUUCAUCGGAAAAGGAGGCCGAACCUGAAGCCGAAGCCGAAGCAGAAGUGGAGACAAUUUCUGAUGAUGAAUAAAUUUAGGUUUCUACUAGAUUUGUUCUUGUUGGAGAAUGCAUUUGGUUCCUCGCUCUUGACAAUGUAAAUUUUGAAUCUGGUCUUAUCAUUUAAGUUUCUUCAAGUAACCAAUGUGGCCAAUAGUGAUUUAACAGCAGUUUUAUCUCUUGCUUACUCUGUUAGAUCAUUGAAUCAUGCUAUAAUAGUGAAGUUGAGUCUCAGUUUUGGCCUGCCAAAUUUUGCUUCCUUUGUUCCUCUAUUGUAGCAUGUAUCUAAAUAUGAUUUGCUUAGCAGUCGAAUGAUUUUUGUUUCA